CUCGGCAGUCCUGGCUUGCGCUGGGCGCACGGCCCGGGAUCCCACACCCCACGCGCCGGCCCGCGUGGACGCCCAAGCCUAGGGAUUCCUCUAUCCAGCCCCCCUUCCUCGCAGCCCCGAGGGACGAGUUCCCGCCGCGAGGCCCUCGGAACCAGAGCCAGCCGGGCGGGGAGGCGCCUCCAGGCCACCAGAUGUUUGCCAUCCAGCCAGGGGUAGCUGAAGGGGGGCAGUUCCUGGGGGACCCGCCUCCUGGAGUAUGUCAGCCCGAGCUUCAACCAGACAGCAACUCCAACUUCAUGGCAAGUGCCAAAGAUACCAAUGAGAAUUGGCAUGGGAUGCCAGGCCAAGUGGAACCCAUACUGUUGAGGAGCUUCUCCGAGUUGCCCUCUGACAACCAGGCCUUCCAGGAUCCUGGACUCCCUGAGGGGGAGGUCCGCAGCCCACCAGAAGGGGCAGAGAUCCCUGGAGCUGGGCCUGAGAAGAUGGGUGGUGCCAGCACAGCCUGCUCCCCUCUGGAGGACAACGGCUAUGCCAGCAGCUCCCUGAGCAUUGACAGCCCUAGCUGCAGCCCUGAGCCUGCCUGUGGGACCCCUCCCGGCCCUGGCCCUCCAGCUCCCCUUCUGCCCUCGGUGGCCCAGGCCGUACAGCAGCUGCAGGCUCAAGAGCGCUAUAAAGAGCAGGAGAAGGAGAAGCACCAUGUGCACGUGGUGAUGUACCGUCGCCUGGCCCUGCUCCAGUGGAUCCGGGGCCUGCAGCACCAGUUGGUUGACCAGCAGGCCCGUCUGCAGGAGAGCUUUGACACCAUUCUAGACAACCGGAAGGAGCUUAUCCGCUGUCUCCAACAGAGGGCAGCACCAUCCACACCCCAGGACCAGGGCUAAGGGUGUCUCUGUACAGGGGUGCAAGGGUUUAUGUAUAUAUUUGCAGGCAUGUGUGUGGUUGUACACAAGCAACUACAGAUUAUUUGCUGGUAUGAGUGCAGGGAAGCAUAAGUGAGUAUGUCAGUGCUAACAUGUAGGCAGAUGUGCACAGGCCGUGUGAGAAUCGGCAGCCCUAUGUGUGAGUAUGUACAUAUGUGUAUGUAUAAUAUGUAUGUAGGAGGAAGUAAAUUUGUAUAUGCAUGUGUGG